CAAUUCUAGAUCCUUCUAUACCAAAUUCCAAAGCGACUGAAAAUAAACACCACCUCUCGGCUACCUCUCAAAAGAGUUUCAACUUUAGAUCUGGACCGUCCAUUAUUCCCUUAUAUAAAUAGGUCUCUUACAACACGUAUUCUUCACUUAAGCCCUUCUGUGUUUCUCUCCAUCUCGCCGUCUCGCGUGCGCCCUGUGGCUCUCUUCAACCCUCGCAUAUCUCUUCAAGAUCUGAUCUGAUCUGACAAAAAAAUGUUCGGGAGAGCACCAAAGAAAAGCGAUAAUACUAAAUACUAUGAGAUAUUGGGAGUGCCCAAAACCGCUUCCCAAGAUGAUUUGAAGAAGGCUUAUAGAAAAGCUGCAAUUAAGAAUCAUCCUGAUAAAGGCGGUGAUCCUGAAAAGUUUAAAGAGUUGGCUCAAGCUUAUGAGGUGCUGAGUGACCCAGAGAAGCGUGAGAUAUAUGAUCAGUAUGGCGAGGACGCCCUUAAAGAAGGAAUGGGUGGAGGCGGUGGUGCCCAUGAUCCAUUUGAUAUCUUCCAAUCCUUCUUUGGUGGCAAUCCUUUUGGUGGUGGUGGUAGCAGCCGAGGCCGAAGACAAAGAAGGGGAGAGGAUGUAAUUCAUCCCCUAAAGGUUUCUUUGGAAGAUCUCUAUAAUGGGACUUCCAAAAAGCUUUCUCUUUCACGCAACAUAAUUUGCUCCAAGUGCAAGGGGAAAGGGUCUAAAUCAGGUGCAUCAAUGAAAUGUUCUGGUUGUCAAGGUUCAGGAAUGAAAGUCUCCAUCAGACACCUUGGUCCUUCCAUGAUCCAACAGAUGCAGCACCCUUGCAAUGAUUGUAAGGGUACUGGUGAGACCAUCAACGAUAAGGACCGUUGCCCCCAAUGCAAAGGUGAGAAGGUUGUUCAGGAGAAGAAAGUCUUGGAGGUUAAUGUUGAAAAGGGUAUGCAGAACGGACAGAAGAUUACUUUCCCUGGAGAAGCAGAUGAAGCACCCGACACAGUUACUGGGGAUAUUGUAUUUGUCCUCCAACAGAAAGAUCAUCCAAAAUUUAAACGAAAGGGUGAUGACUUAUUUGUAGAACAUACGUUGACACUUACUGAGGCACUUUGCGGCUUCCAGUUUAUACUGACCCACCUAGAUGGUAGGCAACUUCUCAUUAAGACCCAUCCUGGUGAAGUGGUUAAGCCUGAUCAAUGCAAGGCCAUAAAUGAUGAAGGGAUGCCUAUGUAUCAAAGGCCAUUCAUGAGGGGUAAACUAUACAUUCACUUUACCGUUGAUUUUCCUGACUCCUUGGCCCCCGAGCAGUGCAAGGCACUCGAGGCUGUGCUACCUUCGAGGGCCUCAGUCCAGCUGACAGACAUGGAGCUGGAUGAGUGUGAGGAAACAACUCUAUAUGAUGUCAACAUUGAGGAAGAGAUGCGUAGGAAGCAGGCGCAAGCAGCUCAAGAGGCUUAUGAGGAAGAUGAUGACAUGCAUGGUGGUGCCCAAAGAGUGCAAUGCGCUCAGCAAUGAUCGGUGGCAGACGGUAAGGAAUGGAAUGUAUGAUUGUUUAACAAAAAUUAUUUGAAAAUACCAUUCUGGAUAUGGUUGUUUGUUUAGACCAUUUCUUCUAGAGUGCUAUCUGCUUUGGUAACUGAUAAAGUGUAUGGAAAGAUUUAGCGUUGGAACUUGACCUAUUUGUUUAUGGUAUACAACCUAUUGCUUCUUGUGA